AUGGUCCUUGCCAAUCGUCUCAACGCCUGGAAAAACUUGCAACAACAUUAUGACCAAGCCGGUCAACACAUUAUCAUCAAGGAUCUUUUCAAGCAGGAUGCCAACCGCUUUACCAAGUAUUCAAGACGUUUUGCUGGCACAGAUAGCGAAAUCUUGGUUGACCUUUCCAAAAACCGUAUCAAUGAUGACACACUUUCACUAUUGCUUGAACUUGCUCGUGAGGCCAAGGUUGAAGAAAUGCGUAACAAGAUGUUUGCUGGUGAGCACAUCAACUUUACGGAAGAUCGUGCCGUGCUCCAUGUUGCCUUACGAAACUUGAGCAACAACCCCAUCUAUGAUAAUGGCGUGGAUGUGAUGCCUGAAGUGCGUGAUGUGCUGGCACAUAUGAAGGAAUUUUCAGAGGCCAUUCGUUCUGGUGCCUGGAAAGGAUACACCGGUAAAGCUAUUACUGAUGUCGUCAAUAUUGGUAUUGGUGGCUCUGAUCUUGGCCCUGUCAUGGUGACUGAAGCUCUCAAGCCUUAUGGCAAGGAUGGUUUACGUGUACACUUUGUAUCCAACAUCGAUGGUACCCAUAUUGCUGAAGUCCUCAAAUCGGUGAAUCCUGAGACGACCUUGUUUAUUGUGGCAAGCAAGACAUUCACCACCCAAGAGACCAUUACUAAUGCUACAACGGCCAAGGAUUGGUUUCUCGCUACGGCAAAAGACAUUACUCACGUGGCCAAGCACUUUGUUGCCUUGUCCACCAACACCGCUGCUGUUACCGCAUUUGGCAUUGAUGCAAAGAACAUGUUCAAGUUUUGGGAUUGGGUUGGUGGUCGCUACUCGCUUUGGUCAGCUAUUGGCCUUUCAAUUGCUAUCUAUGUUGGCUUUGACAAUUUUGAACAAUUAUUGCGUGGUGCCCAUGAGAUGGAUCAACACUUUUUGAAUGCUCCUCUUGAAGAAAACAUUCCUGUAUUGCUUGCUGUCAUUGGUGUGUGGUACAACAACUUUUUCGGUGCUGAGAGUGAGGCCAUUUUACCCUAUGAUCAAUACAUGCAUCGUUUCUCUGCAUACUUCCAGCAAGGUGAUAUGGAGUCGAAUGGCAAAUACGUGUCACGUUCAGGCGAGCGAGUUGAAACCUCCACUGGUCCUGUCAUUUGGGGUGAGCCUGGUACCAAUGGUCAACAUGCUUUCUAUCAGCUCAUCCACCAAGGCACAAAGCUGAUCCCUUGUGAUUUCUUGGCUCCUGUUGAAACACACAAUCCCCUUGGCAAUCAUCAUGAUAUUUUAUUAUCCAACUUUUUCGCUCAAACGGAAGCUCUUAUGGUUGGCAAAACCGAGGAACAAGUGCGUGCUGAGAUGGGGCCCAAUGCCGACUCCAAUAUCGUUCCCCAUCGUAUCUUUUUGGGUAACAAGCCAACCAAUUCGAUCCUUUUCCAAAAAUUGACGCCAGCUACACUUGGUGCAUUGAUUGCCAUGUACGAGCACAAGAUCUUUGUGCAAGGUAUUAUUUGGGAUAUCAACUCGUUUGAUCAAUGGGGUGUGGAGCUUGGUAAGCAGCUUGCCAAAGCCAUUCUUCCUGAGUUGAGCCAAGAAGGCGAUAUCACUUCUCAUGAUGCUUCUACCAACGGCUUGAUCAAUUACUACAAGUCCCACAAGAAGAAUUAG